CCUGGAGAGCAAUAGCCGGAAGCGUAGAGCAGAAGUGAGAGGUUCGUGUCUGCCCGUCGCGUCUUUCUCGCGCGAUACCUUCAGGAUGGAUAAACUACCUGUAGAAAUCGUACUGAACAUACUUUGUUCCAUCGAUGAUGUCGAUGCGCUGAAGGCAGCUACUCGAACAUGUCGAUAUCUGCACUCUACAUUCACUAGCUACAAAAAUACGAUCAUUGCUCAGGUGCUACUCCAUCACAUAAGCUGGGAUGUUUUCCCAGAAGCCAUUCUUGUCUACAAAUCGUCCCGUUUCCAGACUUUGGGCCCUGGUUUUAACUUACAACAACUUGAAGACUUCUCUAGCAAGUUUCUUAGCCGCCGAAUGACCUCCCCAAGCCAAAAUACAUUCCAGGAUCUAGAAGAAGCUCCACCCCUUAUACGUGUUCAUGAGAUAGUCAAGUUUCUAGCAGAAAAUAUCGCGGAUACAGCCUGGAAUACUCACUUGGACCACAACGAAGAUGAUCGCUGCAGACCGAAGCCAUCUUCUCGGGAUAUCUACAAGAUCCAACGCGCCUUAUACCGUUUUCAGCUGUUUUGGAACACGGUUGGGAAUUGGCCAGUUGAACUCACGUUGCCGGCAAUGUACGAUGUAUUUUUUCGCUUUUUCAGCAAUUGGGAGAAUGAGCAACUAGCAUGCGUUCGACACCAUCUUGCCGCAAUAAUCGAUAAUUCCCCUUGUUUUCAGGAUGCCGUUCUUAGUCACAAUGCCUGGUAUACGAGGCGGGAUGACAUGCCUGAAUCCCUUCUCUCUCGGGGCUUAGAAUACGUAUAUUGGAUAGCGACAUCCGAAUCCUCCGCGGAGGCCCACGAGCUCACGCUUGAUGCAUUGCGUUCUCCGUGGGGGGGUACAAUUUUAUCGGAUCAGAACAACAGACGUACUGUCCGCAAAAGCCUUAGCGUACGGUUUUUUCGUAGCAACGCUGGUCCGAUAUUGGGAAAGAGGUUCAAGGAGCUUAGUGAUGACGAAAUCAGUGGCCUUAUGGAGAAUCCGUAUUGUCAUGAGAACAACUGUAGCGACAUGAUAGCAAAGUUCGGACGGGCAUAUGAUCUGGCCUACGAACGGAUACCCAUCCGCCAACCUAACGGUCGCCUUCGUGAUACUAUUUUUUAUUUGAGCGAGGGCUAUGCGUUUUGGGACCGGUAAUACCAAUGGACUUCUAAAAGGCGGUUUAUAGGAAUAA